AUGUCUUCUAGAUUCUCCCUCGUCUCGAACCUAACGAGAUCCUUGAGCUCUGUGGGGCGGAUGCAACAGAUGCGGUUCGCAUCGUCGAAGUCGAUGACUGUGCGGGAUGCGUUGAACAGUGCGAUGGCCGAAGAGAUGGACCGUGAUGACGAUGUGUUCAUCAUCGGAGAAGAAGUGGCGCAGUACAACGGUGCGUACAAGGUCACCAAGGGCUUGUUGGACCGUUUCGGCGAGCGCCGGGUGGUGGACACGCCGAUCACCGAGAUGGGUUUUGCCGGUCUUGCGGUGGGUGCCGCCUUGAAGGGCUUGAAGCCUAUUGUCGAGUUCAUGUCGUUCAACUUCUCCAUGCAGGCGAUCGACCAUGUCGUGAACUCUGCUGCCAAGACUUACUACAUGUCCGGUGGUGUGCAGACCUGUCAGAUUGUGUUCAGAGGCCCUAACGGUGCUGCCGUCGGUGUGGCUGCCCAGCACUCGCAGGACUACACUGCGUGGUAUGGCUCCAUCCCGGGUUUGAAGGUUUUGUGCCCAUACUCCGCCGAGGAUGCCAGAGGUUUGUUGAAGGCUGCUAUCAGAGACCCUAACCCUGUUGUGUUUUUGGAGAACGAGUUGCUAUACGGUGAGUCGUUCGAGGUUUCCGAGGAGGUGUUGUCCCCUGACUUCACUCUUCCUUACACUUCUAAGGUCGAGAGAGAGGGUACCGACAUUUCUAUCAUCACCUACUCCAGAAACGUUCAGUUCUCCCUAGCUGCCGCCGAGAUCCUAGACAAGCAGUACGGUGUUUCCGCUGAGGUUAUCAACAUGAGAUCCAUCAGACCAUUGGACAUCGACGCGAUCAUCAAGACCGUCAAGAAGACCAACCACUUGAUUACUGUUGAGGCUACCUUCCCAGCUUUCGGUGUCGGUUCCGAGAUCAUUGCCCAGAUUAUGGAGUCCGAGGCUUUCGACCACUUGGAUGCGCCAGUCCAGAGAGUCACCGGUGCCGAUGUUCCAACCCCAUACGCCAAGGAGUUGGAGGACUUUGCUUUCCCAGACCCAGACACUAUCGUCAGAGCUGCAAAGCAGGUCUUGUCUAUUGAGUAA